AUGUCCGAACAAGAACAUGAUAGUAGGACUAGUGAAGCCUUGAAGAACAUAAGAAACAAGCAUAGAAGGCAAAAGCUUUUCGCCGAAAUCAAGCAUGAGAAACAACAAGCCCGUCAUAAAUUAAGAUCCCAAAGGGCUAAAGAAGAACGAGAAAACCCAGAAUUAAAAGAAGAAAGAAUAGCCAAUAAUGCUCCUGAUACUAUUGAAUCGAAAAGAGUGUACGACGAAACCAUUGGUGAAGACUUGGAAGGAGAAGAUGAGUUUGUACAAUUUUUCGCCGAUAAUAAAGAACCCAAGAUAUUAUUAACAACCAGUGAAUAUGCUAAGAAGCCAGCAUAUGAAUUUGCCGAUAUUUUAAUGGAUUUUCUUCCAAAUGUCACUUUUAUUAAAAGGAAAAGAGAAUACAGUAUGAAGGAUAUGGCUAAAUUUUGCAAAAAUCGUGGAUACACUGACUUGGUUGUUAUAAACGAAUUCAAGAAAAAAGUCACCGGUAUUACAUUUAUUCAUUUGCCAGAAGGGCCCACCUUCUAUUUUUCAAUAACUUCAUUAACAGAACUGAAAAAAAUCGCUGGACAUGGCCGUGCCACCGACCAUACUCCGGAAUUGAUUUUAAAUAAUUUCAAUACCAGACUAGGUAAGACCGUUGGUAGAUUAUUCCAGUCAAUUUUUCCUCCCAAACCCGAACUUGUCGGAAGACAAGUGAUCACUUUACACAAUCAAAGAGAUUUCAUCUUUUUCAGAAGACACAGAUACGUCUUUAGAAACGAAGAAAAAGUCGGUCUUCAAGAAUUGGGCCCUCAGUUCACUUUGAAAUUAAGAAGAUUACAGCGUGGUGUCAGAGAAGAAGUCGAGUGGGAACACAGACCUGACAUGGAACGUGAUAAGAGAAAGUUUUACUUAUAG